UAUGUGAACAAGCGACUAAGAGGUUUCCCACUAGCAGGGAAUAGGGAAAAUCUUUACAUGGCUAAGGUGAAUUUAGACGGACAGCAAUCUUCAUUCUGAACCGAGGUACGCUACAUUAACAGCCGCUCUCUGCUGCAGCCAGAUUUAAAAAGAAUCUUUCUCUCGGAAAGGCCCUAGCACAUGCAUAUUUAAAGAGUCCUUUUAACACACAAUGUUAUUCGAGGGGAAAUAACCUUAACAGAAACUGGGACGAUUCUACAUGGUUAAAAUGCACAAGUCCAUUUAUCAGUGGCGCUUAGAAUAGCUCCUUGGAAGAGAAAAUGUUUAUUAGAAUCCAAUUUUUCUCUAUCUGUAUUCUCCUCUUUAAAGAAAGUGCUGAGUUGUAUAUUAACACUUCAAGGUCUUGACUACUUUUUAUCUUGAAAAAAAGAGAGAACAUGUUUGUCAUUCCAGGAGCAUAAUCAGUUGAGCCGGCACACAAUGACAUAGUUAAUUCACCAACGGAAUUUGUUGCCAUAGCUCCAGGGAGGGACCGGGUAGAUUAAACAAUGGCCUUUUUCACGAGGGCAGCUUCCUCCACAACCUGCCUGUUCCCCACAUCACAGGCCAUCAGAGAGCCAGUCCAGAGCACAGCCGUUGUCAGUGAACAAGAGCCCAGAGGGGACAAGGGGAGGCCGGUGGUAAAUAAAGCAAGAACACCCAGCACCUUGGAUCUCUGCUUAUUCAAUCACUGGGACACGACUAGCUCCUCCGAGCGUGUCUUCAAGCUUAACCUUUGGUCAAGUGCUCCGGUAAAUCCAGAGAAGAACAGUUUCACCCUGUGACUCAAAAGAACUCCAAAGGGAAGAGAGGACCUCUAGAUAACAGGGAAAGGAGAUCAGGAGCAGACAUGGUGGGCCACCAGGAAAGCACCACAGAAGGGGACGUCCAGGACAAUGGCACUCCCACAUUCUGGCGCAAGACCCUGACUGCACCUGCCCCAUUUGCCGAUGAAACCAGCUGCCAGUGCCAAGCACCCCAUGAAAAAUUGACCAUUGCUCAGGCCCGCUUAGGAACACCAGUUGACAGGCCUGUCAGAGUCUAUGCGGAUGGAAUAUUUGACCUCUUCCAUUCCGGUCAUGCAAGGGCACUUAUGCAAGCAAAAACACUGUUUCCCAACAGCUACUUGUUGGUUGGAGUUUGCAGUGAUGACCUCACCCACAAAUUCAAAGGUUUCACUGUGAUGAACGAAGCAGAGAGAUAUGAAGCUCUCAGACACUGUCGCUAUGUGGAUGAAGUCAUUAGAGAUGCUCCGUGGACACUCACUCCAGAGUUUCUGGAAAAACACAAGAUUGACUUUGUGGCCCAUGAUGACAUUCCCUACUCUUCUGCUGGUUCUGAUGAUGUUUACAAGCAUAUAAAGGAAGCAGGAAUGUUUGUUCCAACUCAGAGAACGGAAGGCAUCUCAACAUCAGACAUCAUCACCAGAAUCGUCCGUGACUAUGAUGUUUAUGCCCGACGCAACCUCCAGAGAGGGUACACCGCCAAGGAGCUAAAUGUCAGCUUUAUAAAUGAAAAGAAGUACCGCUUCCAAAACCAGGUAGACAAGAUGAAGGAAAAGGUCAAGAAUGUCGAGGAGAGAUCAAAGGAAUUUGUCAACAGAGUGGAAGAAAAGAGUCAUGAUCUAAUUCAGAAGUGGGAAGAGAAGUCGAGGGAGUUCAUUGGCAACUUCCUAGAGCUGUUUGGGCCUGAUGGCGCAUGGAAGCAGAUGUUCCAGGAGAGGAGUAGCCGGAUGCUGCAGGCCUUGUCCCCGAAGCAGAGCCCUGUGAGCAGCCCCACCAGGAGCCGGUCCCCCUCCCGCUCCCCGUCGCCCACCUUCUCGUGGCUCCCGAACAAAACCUCACCCCCCUCCUCGCCCAAAGCAGCCUCAGCCUCCAUCAGCAGCAUGAGUGAGGGGGAUGAGGAUGAGAAGUAAAGGCUGCCGGCAGACCGCAAGGGCCGCACCACACAGGCUCGGGCGAGGGUGGGGUCACCGGGUGUGCCUGGGUGGGGCUGGAAGGGUAAUGGUCACAGGAGCUGCAGCUCAGCUAAGGGAAGGCCUGGGGACCAGCUCUCCCUCAGUCUCCACUCAGCCUAAGAUUUGGGCUCUGCAUGGAGGUUUCUGGCCGGACAACCUUUACAAACCUUCUUAGCAGCAUCUAGAAUCACUCUACUUUAACCUUGCGAAGGAAUGAUGCAGAGCACCCCCAGGAAAUUUGCACUGGGUCGGGUGUCUUCUGCUUUGGUCCUUACACCCACCCCUACCAAGUCCGCCACCCAUGGAAGCGGCUGUUCCCUCAAUCUGCUACUUCCAGCCCAUGAGGGCCCUGCACGUUGCCUCCUACCACCCAAGCUCUGCCAGAAUAAAGUUGUUUCCGAUAGAGGUGGUAAAGUGCUUCUGAAAUAGUCAAGUGAAAGAUCAAUUCCAAUCUUCUCAGUUUAGCCACUGAGACCUGAUGUUGCAACACAUCAAUUCUUCGCAGUUCUAGAAAUGUGGUGCAUAGACAAAGACAUGCUUUAGGCCAGAUAUAUAAAAGGUCAUCUAGUAUAAACCUUAACUUCUUAUUUAGAGGACAGUUCUGUCGAGGAGAACACCACAGAAGGCCUAAUAUGUUUCUGGUUGUACUUUUCAUCAUUGGUUUGACUUCAUGGUUUCCAGAAAUUACCUUAAUCUGUGGGAAAUGCAACAAAGAAAAACAUUUUAUAUGUGUGUAUUUAUA